AUGCCUCAGCCUGGUAACUCCGGUGAAGAGCACUCCUCCGGCGAAGAUCACUUACUCGACGAAGACCAUUCCAACGAAGGAUUUUGCAAAAGCGAAGAUCCCAAAUUCCAGUUAGCUCUCAGUUACCUAAAUCCGAAAUCCCCUUUCCCAAUCAACCCAAAUCUCUCAGUUACCCUCUCCACUCCUCCGACGAAGUCCACUCAGGCGCAGGCAACUAACUCCGUCGAAGACCACUCCUUCGAUGAAGAUCACUUACUCAACGAAGACCAUUCCAACGAAGGAUUUUAA